UCUCUCUCUCUCUCUCUCUCGCAGUUUGGCGAGAUUUCGGCGAGGAGACGAGUUAUAUAGUCAUCGAAAAGACUUUGUUGAAGAGAAGAGUGAGAAGACGAGGGGAUGAACGAAUCGUCGAAACUCUUUCGCGGGAAACAUCGAAAUCCCGCUGUCGCGAUCGUUCGUUUGCUCUCAGUGGGUUUGCUCAUGGUUCGAUUCUCCGAUUCGGCGACGUCGAUAAGGCAGCGACCAUUUGGGACACCUAUGCACAAGGUGGAAUUCACUCAGAAGGGAUACAUUCAGUUUCUGCGGUGGGAGCUGCCGGUGCCGGAAUUUACCGAGUUCACCUUCUGUUUAUGGAUGAAAUCGAACGAUCUGACUCACUCCCAUCCGAUAUUCUCCUACUCGAAGAAGGAACGAGAACGGUUGGUCCGAUCGUGGAUCGGUCCGCAUGGUGGGAGCGUUCACCUUGAGAUCGGAGGGGAACAGGUGCUCGCAGCGGCCAGCGACAUUCUCGAGAAUCGCUGGUACCAUUUUUGUCUGAGCUGGGAGAGCCAGGCUGGCCAGUACGGACUCUGGGUGGACGGUCGACUUUUGGCUCGUGGUCACUCGGUAGAGACGAUAGGACACGCGAUACCAAGCGGAGGGGACAUGGUCCUGGGCCAGGAGUACACGGACUUUGACAAAGGGCUGGACGACGGUAUCGAGGGCUCGGUCGUGGGCUUCAAUCUGCUUCUGGCCUCCGCUUUCGACGCGAGCGACCACCUCGAAGCCGCCUACGACGCGAUCCCGGCGUUCUUCGACUGGAGGAGCGACGCCGCGAUUCCGCAACGAGCCGACCAUCAUCACGGAACGAUUUCCAACGAGCCUCGAGGACGUGGACAGCUGGUGGUCGUCGACCAUGCUGCAAGCGCGACGGAACUCGCCGAGUGGGAAGAACAGCCUGCGGGGCUGCGAUUGAUCAAAUUGUCGUACGUACGUUGCGAAAUUGGAAGAGGAAGUCCCUUCAUAGCCGGCGGAUCGAUGCUCAUCUCCUGGACGAGAACACCGGUCCGUGUUUUCGGCGGCGCCGUAUUGAAGAACGUGGAGGGCGCGUGCGGCCAUUUCUAGAAUGCCUGGCCCACGCUGCACUAGAUGCGCGAAAUACUAGAACGCGAUACGAGAAAUGUAACGUACACGACCGCGUCUUGCACGCAGCAUUUCCAGUUCAAUCUGCGAGGUUUUUGAGACUCGUAGACUCGCUUCCGAUCGAAAUUGCCUCGGAUGCAAUCGGUACGCAGAGUUUUCGAAGAGAAGCGGAGAGAAAGCGUUUAAUUGCAGAGUGAAAAUCAGAGUGAUGGUUUGUUUUAAGGUCGUUGUCCAACGACGGAACAUUGCUAGCGACCUGCAAUUAUAUAUGCGUAAUUAUAUGUAUAUAUAUAUAUAU